AUGAAAGGAUUAUUGUCUUGUUACGUGUCUUGGGAAGUCAGCGCUAUUGAAAUUUUGAGGAGGUAUGACUUUUUCGCGACGUACAUGACAGAUCUGGCCAGCGCUCGAAUUACACUGUUUCUACUAGUUGUUGGUACGCUGGCGUUCAUCAAUGAACUUUGGAUAACAAUUGAGAUGAGCUUUUUACAGAGGGAAACCUACGGUGAGUUAUAUCGGGGUUCCAUAGACGAAGCGCUCAGAAGUCAUCGAAUGGUGCAAAAUGAUGAAUACCACGGAAGGGAAUGGUUAGACGAGAGGACCGGUAUUGUGAUAGAGGAAUUUGAAACCAGAGAGAAAUUUUUCGCCAAACCGGUGCAUGUGGCUCAUGUAUACGUGAAUUGUAAUGUCAGAAAUUCAGAAAAUGGUGAUAUUCUUCUUUCCGAACCACUUGCUUUCCACAUCGAAUUCUCGCCUGAAGAAUACGAAAAGGAGAAAAGACCAGAAUUUGGAAGUAGUCUAAUCGUGCUCAGGAAAAAGCUCUACCACUUUUUUAAAGACUGCGAUUUGUACCAGGAUCUAAGCAAGCAAAAUGAGAAACCGUUUACCGUAUCUCAAGGUGUACAAAUUUUCAACAGCUUGGGUGAAGAACUGCCCACUAACAUUGACGACAUUCAGCUUUGUUUCCUUAAAAUACAGACAGGCGAUACUAUUGAGUGUACCUUUGUUUUGUGA